UGCUUCUGAAAAUGAUGUGCCAAAGGAACAACGUUCUCUGAAGAUCAAUUUAGAUAAACCUUUUUGAGGUACUUGUACAUUCUACGUCCCAAAAACAACAAGUAAGACUCGGGGUAUCAUUUCGUUCAUUUGAUUCACCACAUAAGAUCUGGAGUAGACAUACUGGUUGGUAUCCAUUUAUUGGUCAAUGCCAUCAAACCCUACAAUCAAAAUAAACUUUAUUGUUUUGGAGUUGCAAUGUGAAUCCAUGAAAUAUAAAAAUUAGGGAAAAUGAUGGGUAAAGCCAACAACACCUAUGAAUAAGUGUUGCUAGGCACAAACCUUUUUAAAUGAGAUGUUGAUUGUAUACUUUUAGAAAACCUCAUGUUACUAAAAAAAUCCUUUCAUAUAAGAAUUAAUUUCCAGCGGUACCCGUGAGGCUUGAGGUGCUACCAGCAACACCUAUCAGUUAAUUAACAAUGUUUGGAUCCAUUUGCUGAUUUAUUCCUCAAAUUUUACUUAAACAUCCAUAUGUUACUAUUAGAGCAUCCGGUACAGUGCAUGUCUUCACCUGACAUCGUGUUCGACAUCGUUUGGAAACCAUACCGGGUUGUUCGGGGUUGAGUUAGUUUGGUGUCGUCAGCUCUGUGAUGUUGUUUGCUGUUGGAGUUUGGUUUCCCUCUCUGACACACAUUAAAUGUAGAUAAAUGAGGGAUAUCCUUGGUGAUCUUGCAUGAUAACAAGGGUAAAUGGGGUGGAGUGGGAAAGUGAUGUAGCGUUGAUGUGACAUCCUGGGUCGAGUCUACCAUACCUGAUGCUCUUAUACAAGGUAACUAGCAAUCCUCCAAGUUCGGGUUUGAGUUUGCAGAGAGGAAAGUCUCAAACUAAAGUCUUCAAAACUCAAGUUCUGAGUUCACCUGCUAUGAUCCAAGCACUGGAGGUUCAGUCAAGUCUUGGGAGUGAGUUUCCUAGCUGCAUAAAGACGAUGGUUAGGUCACAAGUCACAUCUGGGUUCUGGAUGGGGCUUCCAAGUAACUUCUGUGAAACUUUUCUACCAAAUAAAGAUGCUAUAUUUGUGCUUGAAGAUGAAGAAAGAAAACAUUUUAAUGUCAAAUACAUUGCAAACAAGUUUGGGAUCAGCGCUGGGUGGAAAAAGUUUGCAAUUGGACAUACCUUAACUGAAGGAGAUGUUUUGUUGUUUCAUUUAAUCAAAACUACAAAGUUUAAGGUAUACAUAUUUAAAGCCAAUUCUAGAGAAGUAGACGGGGCUCUUGCCCUUUUGAAUUUGGAUGCACAUACAGAAGAAUCGACUCCAGGAAAUGAUGUGGAAACAAUCACACUGUCUCCUGAGAAACAGAGUAACAAGCAUCCGGAGUCUCUUUCUUUUGCUGUGGUCCCAAUGAAGCGCAAGAGGUCUGCCCCUUCAUCAAGGUCCGCUGCCCCUUCUCGUCCAAGUGGCCACUUCAUUCAACAGUCUGGAAACGAGAGUGAAGAGGUAGGUUCAGAAGUUCUAGAAGUUUACAAACCCUUAAAACCCAAGCUAUCUUUUCGAGAAGUGAAAAGUUUUGAAGACUUCCACAUUGUGGUCAAAGGGAUCUGCAUUGACCGUGAGCUUCCUUAUGAUGUCAGAUUUGGUUACUACAAACUAUGCUUCUAUAGGAAGCAAUUCCUCCACCAUAGUCUUCGUGAAGACAUGUAUGACAAGUUGGUGGUAGGUAUGAUUGGUGAGAUAGUUGGCAUUGCGAAUAAGAUUAAGAACUGCAAGUUUACCACAACAAAGAAAGAGUUUGAAGAGUGGGAUAAAUCUCUUAAAUUUUUCGAGCUCAUGGGCAUGAAAGUUGACUUUUUACUUGAUAAGAUGAAUACUCUUGCAAGGCUUUUGUUUGAAUCAGAAGGUGUAGGAGAUGUGAAGAAGUAUCUGAAAGCUAAAAUUGACCAAGAACACAUUGAGGAAGAGAUCAAGAUGGUGGCAGCAAAGCUCAGGGAGCUAAAGGAAAGUACGAAAAAGGCCGAGGAGAUUUCUAGUAUUUUGAAACAAAAGGUUGACAACUUUGAAUACAGGCUCAAGAAGGAGGUUGAUACACCAUGGUGAGCUCUACAAUAUAAAUUGUGUUUGGCUGUUCGCUUUCUUUUUGCUAAAAUCUUUGUUUUGUAAUCUCGAUAACUCAUGACCCAUGAACUUUAAUUAGCGAACUAUUAAUCUUUCCUUGGAGUUUUAUGGAAAGUAGCGACUUUUUAGAA